AUGAGUGAAAACCUAAGUGACAAAAAUGGUGUCACAGCAUCAACAAAUGCUUCUUCGGAAGUGAAUUCAAAUAAUCCUAGUACAUCGGCAACUGCUUCUUCAAAACGUACUUCUGUUGUCAAACGUCAAAAAGAAAAACUAGAAGAAAAAGAUGCUGAUGAAUUGGAGAGCGAGCUUGGUGGGGUCGAUGAUCCAUUACCCGAAGAAGAUGAUGAUGAAGAAUAUACAACAUCAAAAAAGAAACCAAAACCAAAACAAGAGCGUCCAAUCCUUGAUCCUGUUUAUCAAAGCCGACUUAAUCAAGAUCAAGCCAAACGUUUUAAUUACUUACUUGAACAAACAGAAAUAUUUUCACAUUUCGUGCAAGAUGGUACAUUAAAUAAACAUCAUAAAGGUCAAUCAUCACCGUUAAAAAUGAAAUUGCCAGUCAAAGCAGAAAAACAAAAAUCAAUCUCUAGUGGAGAUCAUCGUCAUCGUAUGACCGAAGAAGAGGAAGAUGAAGAAUUAUUGCAUGAUGCAAAAGAUUCAGAAAAACCGGAUAUAACAAGAUUUGAUGAAUCACCAUGGUUUGUAAAAGGUGGCGAAAUGCGCGAUUACCAAGUACGAGGUCUCAACUGGAUGAUUUCAUUGUAUGAAAAUGGUAUCAAUGGUAUUUUAGCUGAUGAAAUGGGUCUAGGCAAGACACUGCAAACAAUAUCAUUACUUGGUUAUAUGAAACAUUAUCGUGAUGCUGGUUCACCUCAUAUGGUCAUAGCACCAAAAUCAACAUUACAAAAUUGGAUGAAUGAAUUUCAACGUUGGGUACCAUCAUUAAAACCUGUUUGUUUAAUUGGUUUACAAGAAGAACGUAAUCGUAUUAUUCGAGAAGAAAUAGAACCUGAUGAUUGGGAUGUGUUAGUAACAUCUUAUGAAUGUGUAUUACGUGAAAGUGCUAUAUUGAAAAAGUAUAACUGGCGUUAUAUUUGUAUUGAUGAAGCACAUCGAAUCAAAAAUGAACAAUCAAAAUUAAGUAAAAUGGUUCGAUUAUUAAAAUCAACAAAUCGUUUAUUAAUUACUGGCACACCAUUACAAAAUAAUCUUCAUGAAUUAUGGGCACUUCUGAAUUUUUUAUUACCCGAUGUAUUUGAUUCGGCUGAUGAUUUUAAUGCCUGGUUUGAUACACAAAAAUGUCUUGCAGAUGAUACAGAAUUAGUUUCACGUUUACAUGGUAUCCUGAAACCAUUUUUAUUAAGACGAUUAAAGAGUGAUGUUGAAAAAAAAUUACCACCAAAAGUUGAGACAAAAUUAUAUGUUGGUCUUGCACCUCUUCAACGACAAUGGUAUACAAAAAUUUUAAUGAAAGAUAUUGAUAUAUUGAAUAGUGCAAGCGGAAAAUUAGAUAAAGUUCGUCUGUUAAAUAUUUUGAUGCAAUUGAGAAAAUGUGCUAAUCAUCCAUAUAUUUUUGAUGGAGCUGAACCUGGUCCACCAUAUACAACUGAUAAACAUUUAAUUGAAAAUUGUGGAAAAAUGGUUAUUUUAGAUAAAUUAUUGAUUAAACUUAAAGAACAAGGAUCACGUGUUUUAUUAUUUAGUCAAAUGACGAGAAUGUUGGAUAUAUUAGAAGAUUAUUGUAUAUGGAGAAAUUUUGAAUAUUGUCGAUUAGAUGGUCAAACAUCACAUGAGGAUCGUCAAGCGUCGAUCGAUGCUUAUAAUAAACCCGGUAGUACAAAAUUUUUAUUCAUGUUAAGUACAAGAGCUGGUGGUCUAGGUAUCAAUUUGGCAACAGCGGAUAUUGUUGUAUUAUACGAUAGUGAUUGGAAUCCUCAAGUUGAUUUACAAGCCACUGAUAGAGCGCAUCGAAUAGGACAAACAAAAACCGUUCGUGUAUUUCGUUUGAUAACUGAACAUACCGUUGAAGAACGAAUUUGUGAACGUGCUGAAAUGAAAUUACGUCUUGAUCAUGUUGUUAUUCAACAAGGACGUUUACAAGAUGCAUCGACAAAAUUAGGAAAAGAUGAAAUGUUAUCAAUGAUUCGUCAUGGAGCAUCACAUGUAUUCUCAUCGAAACAAGGCGAAAGUGAAUUAGACAAAGAUAUUGAUUUGGUUUUAGCUGAAGGUGAACAAAAAACGCAAGAAUCACGAAAGAAAUUUGAAGCAUUGGGCGAAAAUCAGUUGAGAAAAUUUACCAUUGAUAAUUCGGAUACAACUGAUGGUGAUGGAAAAGAAACUGGCUCUAUUUAUAAAUUUGAAGGCGAAGAUUAUCGUGAAAAACAAUCGUCUGGUCUUGGUAUUAAAUGGAUUGAGCCACCAAAACGUGAACGUAAGGCGAAUUACGCUGUUGAUGCUUAUUUUCGUGAAGCACUACGAAUGACAGAACCACGUGCACCAAAAGCACCACGACCACCACGUCAACCAAAUGUACAAGAUUUUCAGUUUUUUCCACCAAGAUUAUUUGAAUUAUUAGAUCGUGAAAUCUAUGCAUAUCGAAAGCAAAUAGGUUAUAAAGCUGUACGUGAUCCAGAUUUAGAUGAAAAUGAAGGUAAACAGCAACAGCAAGAAGAACAAAAGAAAAUUGAUGAAUCUGAAUCGUUAAAUGAAGAUGAACAAUAUGAAAAAGAACAAUUGUUACAACAAGGUUUUACAAAUUGGACAAAACGUGAUUUUAAUCAAUUUAUUAAGGCAAAUGAAAAAUAUGGCCGGGAUGAUUUAGAAAAUAUAUGUAAAGAUGUUGAAGGUAAAACGCCAGAAGAAGUUAUGGCUUAUGCACGAAUUUUUUGGGAUCGUUGUCAUGAAUUAACCGAUAUCGAACGUAUUAUGGCGCAAAUUGAACGUGGUGAAACAAAAAUACAUCGACGCAUUAGUAUUAAAAAAGCUCUUGAUACAAAAAUGGCACGUUAUAAAGCACCAUUUCAUCAACUACGUAUUCAAUACGGUACAAAUAAGGGAAAAAAUUAUACUGAAGAAGAAGAUCGAUUUUUAUUAUGUAUGCUUCAUAAGCUUGGCUUUGAUAAAGAAAAUGUUUAUGAAGAAUUACGUUAUGCCGUUAGACAAUCGCCACAAUUUCGUUUUGAUUGGUUUUUAAAAUCACGUACAUCAAUGGAAUUACAACGUCGAUGUAAUACUUUAAUUACAUUUAUUGAACGAGAACAAGAAUUAGAAGAAAAAGAGCGUGCUGAAAAGAAAAAAGGACGAUCAAAGCCAAAUAUGUCGAAUUCACAAUCAACUACAAUAUCAAAGAGCAAUGGUAGUCAAAAACGAAAACCCGAUGCAUUUAUAACACCCGCUGCUAGUUCACCGGCUAAACGAAAGAAAAAAUAA